AUGGCCAUGUCAAACGUCACUGCUCUCUCAGGCCCUUGCUGGCGGCAUUACGAAAAGGGACCCAGCUCGAUGGAAAUACCAGAUGAUAUCAUCGCUCAUUUUUUUGCUAUUACAACAUACUCAUCAGAACUACAAUUAAUACCCAGCGGCCGAACCGUCAUCCCCCAACUUGGGUACAACGUUGAUCAGCCUCUUAACACUGACCCGAUCGCUCGCCAGGAAUGGUUUUUUGGCAUACAUACUGCAUGUGAGGAAAUUGCCAAUCAGAUUAUGCAGAGUUCUCUCAAAUCUCAGAUUCGAUCCCCUGCCAAUCUUUGGAUGACGCUUGAUCGGCGAUGCAUGAAAACUCAGUCGCAAGGAGUGAUGAACGUGAGCAUGAAUUUCCUCCCUAAUAUUCCAGAGAACCGGCCAGGAGAACCACUCAAACUGGGCCUCAGUCGCUAUUAUAUCCCCAAUGGAUGUAUCUAUAGGUUGUCAAAUGAACGAGACGGAUGGUGGGAUGAUGAUCCAUUACACAUUCCGAAUCUGACAAGUAGUCUUGUGUCCGCGUUGGAACAAGUCCAACCCCCUCACAUGACUCUCCGAUUUAGGAGCUAUUUUGCGAUCUUACCCCAGGAGAUCCAAGAUGACAUCAAGGAUUUGGUCAUGUCAUCACUUAUGCAUGAACCCUUUACCCUAGAUUGCAAUUAUCUAGUCCCGCAAUCUUUUUGGAAGAGCCUUUUUCUUCAGGUUCCAUUUCUUUGGGAUGUUGAUGAAGACAUUAUCAACAAAAAGCUGCUGCCCAUAAUGACAGGGAAUGAGUGGAACUGGGAGAAAAUCACUCGACAAAUCCUAACUCCAGUUGAAGCUUUGUUCCCAGAAUAUUGGGAAGAAGUCGAAUGGGACUAUAAUGACGUAGGGCUAGUUGUCCCUCCCGGCUUGAAUAACCGCCAUCGAAUCUGGCAGAUUGUUGAGGAGAUGUAUCCUAAUGAUGUGGAAAUGGAACACUGCGGAUAA